AAUCAACCUUUUAAUCGAAAUAACCCUUCGACCAAAGCAACCAAUCAUCUCCUUCCCAAAACCUUGCUGUCUGUCUCUGGGUCGAAGGUACCCCGGUAACUGCUUACACAAAAACAUUCAAUCUCCAAAGGUCUGAGUCUCGGUCGAUCUCUGAGUUCAAGGUGCAUCAGCUCCACAUGGAAUCUCCAGCACAAAAUGAGUAUGCCUUAUUUGAGCAAAAGGUGAAGCGAGCAGUUUACAUUGACAACAUCUCACCACAGGUAACUGAUGCAGUUCUAAAAACUGCACUCAAUCAGUUUGGGACAGUUGUCAGCAUUCAUUUCAUCCCCAAUUAUGUGGAACCUUCAAAGAUCCCACGGUGUGCAUUGGUUGAGAUGGCAAAACAAAGUGAGGCUGAAGCCAUUAUUUCAGACAUGAACAAUUAUCCUUUCAUGAUGUCUGGGAUGCCAAGGCCUGCACGAGCACGACCUGCAGAGGUGGAGAUGUUUGAUGACCGGCCAAUAAAGCCUGGUAGGAGGAUACAGUGCCGAUGGCUAGACAAAGAGGACCCUGACUUUGAGGUAGCCAAGAAGCUAAAGCAUCUGGUGCGUAAACAUGCUUCAGAAGCUUCUUUCAUGCUCAAGAAUCAACUAGAGGAAGAAGAGAAGCUUGCAAAGCAGCAAGCAGAGGUCCUCAAAACAAAUUACAAGAAGUACGAGAUGAUAGAUAGUGUCCUAGCUGAUGGAGCUGCUCGUCGUUUAGCACGACACUACAAUUUCAAUGUGUCAGAUGAUUGAUAUAUUUUUCUGGUUUAUGAUGGUAAAACUCUCUCUAUCUCAUUCAUCAGUGUCAAACAAAUAGAUUACUGGACUAAGCUGCUUGUUUUGUUCAUAACUAACAUAACUAUAGGUGCUAUACUUGCUAUACUUGCAAAGGACUAUUAGGAAGUAAUUUUGGACAAAAGCAGCCUAUUUUUUCACAGUUUCUAUUUGACUCAAGAAUUGCUCAUGAAGGGGAUCAGAUAUUGUUCUCA